GCGCUCUGACAUUAAAAUUCAAAAAUCAACGUAACGCCAAGCCACGCCAAACGGCUCCCCCCUUCGCGAACGUCGUUGCAGCGACGGCUGACGAGAGCGUUUCGUUACUUGUCCCACGUCGAUCGCGCGAUCGGUUUCGCGACCUGAGAGUUACUUCCCGCGAGUUGUACGUGCGUCGAGUACGGAAUACGGAAACGAACCGCCGAGAGCCGAAGGGAAGUUUGCGAAGCAGCGGCGAGACUGCGAUGUCGCGGUGUGAGGACAACGUAAGUGACGUGUGCUCCUCCAAUCUCUGAAAUCUCUCGCCGCGAAAGCUAUGGCACUGUGAGGUCUCGCGGCGAUCUCUGCAGCGCUAACAAAGGAUGGUUUUGAACAAAAAGGACCUGGGUAAGGCGUUCUCGCCCAGCAAAGUGAGGAAGGCGGGCGUGAAACGGCUGUCGCCCGGCUCGGCGAAGCCGAGCACGAGCGGCUCUACGAUGAAAGCCGAGGACACUUCCGAGAUCUCGAUCAAGGUAAUCGUGAGAGUGCGUCCGCCUAACAAGCGCGAGUUACAGGAAAACUGCCGAACGGUCAUCGAGGUCGUGGACGACAAGAUGCUCAUCUUCGACCCGAAGGAGCACGAGACGCCCUUCUUCUUCCGCAACGUGCCGCAGAAGGGCAGGGACAUGUUGAAGAGGCAGAACAAGCAGCUGCCGUUUAUCUUCGACCGGGUGUUCGACCUGGCGUCCAGCAACGCCGACGUAUUCGAGGGAAGCACCAAGAGUGUGAUCAGCAGCCUCCUCGACGGCUACAACUGCUCUGUGUUCGCGUACGGUGCCACCGGCGCCGGCAAAACUCACACGAUGCUGGGCAGCAGGGAGGACCUCGGCAUCACGUACCGCACCAUGGCGCAGCUGUUCGCCGAGAUAGAGAACCAGAGCCACCACUGGGAGUUCAAUCUGGGCGUGUCCUACCUGGAAAUAUACAACGAGAACGUGCAGAACUUGCUGCACAAGACCGGCCAGCUGCAUCUGAGGGAGGACAGUAGGUGCGGAGUGGUGGUCGCCGGUUUAGAGCCGAUCGUCAUCCAGAACGCCGAGGAGUUGCUCUCGCUGCUGGCGAAGGGUAAUAAGAAUCGUGCUCAACAUCCAACGAACGCCAAUAAGGAGAGCAGCAGGAGCCAUGCUGUUUUCCAGGUGUACAUCAUGAUGACUAACAAGCUGUACGGUCAGGUGCAGCGGGUCAAGCUGUCCAUGAUCGACCUGGCGGGAUCCGAGAGGGCCUCGGCUACCGGAUGCAAGGGCGCGAGGUUUAAGGAGGGCGCAAACAUCAACAAGUCCCUGCUGGCUCUCGGGAAUUGCAUUAACAAUCUCGCGGACGGCAUAAAGCACAUCCCGUACCGUGAUUCCAAGCUCACGAGGCUACUCAAGGACUCGCUCGGCGGUAACUGCCGCACCGUCAUGAUAGCCAACAUCGCUCCUAGCAGCUUCACCUACGAGGACACGUACAACACCCUGAGGUAUGCGAAUCGCGCGAAGAAGAUCAAGUCGAUCGCCAAGAAGAAUGUGUCUUGCGAGACGCACGUUGCCGGUUACAUCAAGAUAGUGGAGGAGCAGAAGAAGGAGAUAGACGCAUUGAAGUCGAGACUGGCGGCCUUCGAGAAUGGAGCGCUCCAGCCGGCCGUGUGCAAGCCGAGCCGAGCCAUGCUGGAGACGUACAACAAGCUGGUAGAGUUGUACGAGAAGAAGCGGGAUCUGGUGGAGAGGGUUCUGACCUUGGAGAGCUCCGACAAGAUCUUGGCGUGCAGGAUACUCUUCAAGAAGAACGCGGACGAGAGAUUGCACAAUCUAACGGCGGCCAACGACGCCCUGUCGCUGGAGGAGCAGAAUGCCAGCGGGAAGUCGCGGGUCAACAAGUCCCUGCAUUACUUCCAACGGCAGAGGGAGGCCCUUCGGGCGCAGAUGCAAGAGACGUGGCAGGCAUUGUGCUCGGUCGAGACAGAGAUACAGGAGGCGAGCGGCAGGCCCCUCGACGAGAGCCUGCAGAGCAAGCUGUCCCUGCAAAUCUCCAAACUGGAGGGAUGCUGGAUCCCCAGUAUGCAGCUGCACAUGAGUAAACUCGACGGUCUUCUGCGGUGCGAGAUGCAGUCGGUUAACACCAUAACGAAGACCAUGAGCAACACCUUGCAGAAUUACUACAACAUGCUCAAGGGCCACGGCUUGAUGACCGAGAAGAUGCAGCUCGAGUUCAAGGAGUUGAUCAAACUGCUCGAAGGUUUUCGAAAUAUCAAGUGGUCCGACUCGGAGGAGACGAGCAGGCAGGACUUCAACAUGUUCACGUGUCUGAGCACGAUUGGGAUGGACCUGUUGAACAAUUCGAUGCCAGCGAUCGGCACGGCGAUACCCGGGAUGGACGACGAGGAAGCCUACAACGAGAACGUCUUGAGCUUCACCUACAGCAUGGCUAAAAGUAGCUGUGCCGACAACGCGAGCAGCAGCCACGAGACUAAGUCCUUGCUGAGGGACGAAUCUGCGCAAGGGACUUCGCGGGAGGGAACUGCUGCGAAAAAACUCAUCAGGAAGCGCGUGUUAUCCGAUAAGAGCAGCGAAGGCGGCAGUACACCCGCCAAGCAGACGAAGAAACUGGGGACGAGUAAUAAAGCUACUGCACAGAAUAACACUCGGGUGGACAAGGAGAACAAACAGAGGCCUCUACAAAUGAGUGCAAAAAGUAUCGCCAUUCUGAAUAAACUGAAGAGCGACGCGUCCAAUUCCUCACUUCCCCGGCACAAUUCCGAGGAGAAAGUAAACGCGGCGUUUAAGGCGAUGCACAACAAGGAGAGACGCGAUGUCUAUAAUGAUUGUUCCAACGCUGGCGAACGGGAAAACGCGUGGGUGCUAACGCUAUCAUGGGUAGUACCGAUUGAUUGAUUUGCCGCCUCUCCGGAAAACGGUAUCGAAUCAUUCUCCACCUGUGAGAGAAAGGACGACAAAUGGAGGUAGCGGUUUUAUGCAGUAUUACCAAGAAGUAAAAAAUUUUCAAGAGACACUUGGCUUAGGUAAAACAGAGUAUGGUACUAGUCAUAUCAUCUCAGAAUAACAUUAUAUGUAUAUUUUUAAAAUAUGUAGAGGUUUAGCUGUACAGUGUUGACAUUACGAAUAUCCUGUUCAAGUAGUAUACCAUACAGUUUGCGUUUUUAAAAAUGCUUCAUUAACGACUUCGCGAUUUUCGAAUUUUUUUGUUCAGAUUUUAGGACAAGUAAAUGUUUUGAAACGUAAUUAAUUUUGGACCUUUGAAUAUGUAGAUUUGAACAUCUUAAAGUCUUUGACGAAUAAUGAAAUUUAAUUACCGGUUUUUCGUUCUAUUGAAAAUCCUCGGAAAUUUAAACCCGCUUAUUCACACGUUGCACUUGAUACGCUUGCGUUUUUCAAGUCGUUGGAUCCUCGCAAUAUAAAAUUGUUCGAUCCUACUUUACUGCAUUUUUAAUUUUUGAUAAACGCGUUCUGUAUUUUGCGACUAAGUGGCAAUCGUCGACGAUCGGUCUGCAUGGGAUUUCUAUUUCCGUUCGGCUGCACGAUUUGCAUCGCCCUAAUUAAUGAUUAAGCAAUUGUUUAGAAAAAAAAAUGGAAAUUUCGUCAGCUCGACCGGAAAUAAUUGAAAUUGGGCAUUUAUACGGACUCUGUAAUAGACUGCCGGUUUUUUUAUAUAUAUUUUUAACUCAUUAUACCCGUUUUCGUGCUAGACUUUGAUUGAUGUUGUCUUUCUCCUAUUGAUCUUGGUGAUGCAAUCUCGAAGUGUCACUUGUGUACUGCGAGAAACAUGAAUAAUGAGACGUUAUUAAUAGCAAGAAGGAUGUAUGCAUGUAAAGUAGGUUUUAGCGUUGUAAGACACAUGAGAGGCUUUUAUCGAACGUUAAGCGAAGUAUAAGCAAUUUCUGCGGUAAUAAUGCUCGGCUUGAAGCCGGCCAGACGUUGCUUUUAUUUGCGACAUAUUGUUAUUGUGUAAGUUAUAUAGAUAUAUUGUAGAUAUAUAAAUAUGUAAACCUGCGUGCCUUGUAUGCCGUAAAACGCGUUCAUUAUUUAUUUACCAAUGGAUUAUAAUAAGCUUUUUAUAUAUCGCAAGUUGCAUGUCGUUUUCCCUUAUUACUAUAAGACUUAAAAUAAGAUUUUUUUGUAACAGAUACGAGAUUUUAAAUAUUAUGCUAUUGACUGCACGCGCUGAAGGAGGCAAAGUCAAGUAUUCUAAUAAAAUGACUUUUUUCAAUGUUAUCUAUGUACGUUCUUUGUAGCUUAAUUCAAGAAAAGAUAUAUAUUAUGUACAUGUACGAUAUGCUCUUUAUAUAAUAUUCAUCCGACAUGACAAGCCAUAUUUUCAUGUAAUGUAAUUAAGUUAAUUUAAGAUGAUAAUACGACGAUAAGAAUUGUUCUCUUCCAGAAAUUUGCACUUGAAAAGGACCGAAACCCAUGGUCGAAACGUCGCGCAUUGUACAAUUAUAUAAUUAGCAGUUAUUAAACAUUUGCCGGUUAAAGGCGCUCAAACUU